UGGUUGCAAAAAUAACAAGAUGGCGACGGCCAAAACGCCAAACUCGAGGCUUCAGCAGUCUACAAACCAAUGGGUGUUGGCAUGACGACUACAGCCACGUCCUAUAUACAGUCUAUGGCUCGACCGACUUACAGACUUUGAGUUUUAGCUAAAAUGAGCUUCACUGUUGUUCCUUCAUUAAAUGUGGAUUCAUCCGCCGCUGAAAAUAGUCCCCAACAGAUGCAACAUUUCCUCCUGUUUGUUUGAUAAAACUACACUAACCCGCUGUUUUAGAGAAUUAAUUAAUCAUUAUUAUUUAAACAUGAACCUAUUUGUGAGUUGUGUUUACAGAUUAAUAUCUGGAGUGCCACAGACAGGAAGUAUUUAAAGACGGACUAACACAUUGCUCGUUUUGGUCUUUUUCAUUUAAAAAGCUUAAAUUGGACAAAAUAAAUGCGACUAUCAGUACUUGUGCUCUUAAAUUAAAUUGUACAGUUCUCAAACUAAACCGCUCGCCUCAGAUGUGCCAGGUGGCUGCAUGUUAGUUUCACUGGUAAACACCAUCAGGGACCAUAAGUGCACAGUUGGUCCUCUUCACACCCCCACCGACGGCCCUCGCUCACACCGACGUGUCCUCCGUGUGUGGAAGGAUCCCACGGGGACAAGCUGUCAGCGUCCUCACGACUCGACACAAACUGUGACCGGCGAUAUGUCAACGGGCUUUUUCUCUGUCCUGAGUUUUUGCUCACAUCAACAUCUUCAGUGACUUCAUGCUGCGUAACGUUACACUACUUGAUUUUUUUAUAUUUAUUCAUGCUAUUUAUCAUUCAGACUAUUUUCAUGUGUCUAAAUUCUUCGUUGGUCAGUAUUCAUGUCAUCAUCUAAGAACAUUUAAAUCUGUGGUCGUCACAAAGCCUUUAAAAGCACGUAUAGUGUUGAAUCCUGCUGAAUUCACUCUCAAAGCCUCAAUAUGUUGUGUUUGGAUAUUAGCAGGGAGGCAGCUAAUGCUUAUAUGUAUUCAUUCUAUAUAUAUAUAUAAUCUGCUGAUUUCUUUCUGGAUUCAUUGAUUAAUCAUUUUGUCUAUAAAAUGUCAGAAAUCUGGAAAACAAACAUGCUCAUCACAAUAUCUUAGAGAUCAUUGUAACAUGUUCGAAUUGCAAUUUACAAAGAUGUAAAACACAGAAAAUCAAAAGUAAGAUUCAUUCGCCAACAAAUCAUGAGUUGAAAAGUGAUUAAAACUAUUUAAUUAUCAAAAUAUCCAGCACUUCAUCUUCUGGUUUUAAGGAACGUUUGGAGGUGAACUGACGGUGCACUGUUGGUUUACUACGUCAUAACUUCUGUCAUUAAACAUGUGGCAAGCAGUUAACCAGGCGGUAACCUCCGGUCCUGAAGUGUGUUAAAGCUGCAUUCUCUCUACUGUUAUUAUGUUAUUGUGUGUGUGUGUGUGUGUGUGUGUGUGUGUGUGUGUGUGUGUGUGUUCACAGGGCCAGGGGGAGGUCUCGGCUCGAGGCUCGGCCAUGGAGGGGGACUGCCUCAGCUGUAUGAAGUACCUCAUGUUCAUCUUCAACUUCUUCAUCUUUCUGGGUGGCUCCUUCCUGCUGGGCGUCGGCAUUUGGGUGCUGCUGGACCCGAUGGGCUUCAGGGAGAUCGUGGCGGCCAACCCGGUGCUGUUCACGGGGGUCUACGUGGUCCUGGCCAUGGGCAGCAUGCUGUUCCUGCUGGGCUUCCUGGGCUGCUGCGGAGCCAUCCGGGAGAACAAGUGCCUCCUGUUCUUUUUCUUCAUGCUCAUCCUCUUCAUCUUCCUGGCCGAGCUGGCAGCUGCUACUCUGGCGUUCCUGUUCAGGGAACAUUUGACCAGAGAGUAUUUCAGCUGGGAGCUGAAGCGUCACUACCAAGGUCACAACAGCACGGACGUCUUCACGUCCACGUGGAACGCCAUCAUGACCACGUUCGACUGCUGUGGCGUCAGCGGCCCCGAGGACUUCGAGGAGAGCCUCUUCAGGCUCCUCAGCCCCAGCAAGAUGGUCCCCGAGGCCUGUUGCCAGAGGAACGACUACCCCGGAGACGUCGGCGUGGAGCAGUGUGUGAGCGGCAGCAUGGUCUUCAGACACAACAAGGGCUGUUACUCUGCGAUGGUCGACUACUUUGAGAUGUACAUUUACACAGCAGGAGCUCUGGCCAUCGUGGUGCUGACAAUUGAACUCUUCGCCAUGGUGUUCGCCAUGUGUCUGUUCAGAGGCAUCCAGUAACGGCUGCGUCCGCACGCAGCAUCGCCGCCGGCCGUCGGAGAGGCACCAGCAGAAGGAAAACAGAAACUGUAAAAUAUGGAAUGUAUUUGUACAGCGAUAGCUUAUGUGUCUCAUUGGUCUUGUGAUAUCAUCUUGUACUUCACAGCAGCAGCAGCAGUGUUUGACGUACUGCUUUGGGCACAAUAGACACACACAGGACCUGAGGUUCUGUACUGUUUUUCUCAAAAGUACAAGAUUAACUCUGGUGCUGAGAGGUUCUACGAGGUGAACACGGAGAGCAAACUGACGUAUCGGUCAUCACUUCAGUCCAGCACCAAUGGAAGUCCUGGAAAACACACGAUUAUAACGGUGAUUUGGCCACGAUGAUAAAUAAUCCGGAUCCUGGAGAGUUCAGGUACAAACAGCACACGGUAACUUGCAGGGAGCCUCAGAAAAGUCACAGCUGUCGGGAUUAUUAGGACAGAAAUGUGAAUCAACAACAGAAAGCAGAACCCUGUUGGGCCUCAUGCAAGAACAUCUUUGUAUUCUCAUCCUAAACCUUUUUACUGUGAGGUUUUAUUGUUCCAAAACUUCACUAAUGUUGUUUAUCGCUCGUUUGGACUUGAUGAACGUCUCUUGUUCGUGAGUAGAAUCAAAAUCUCUUCAUAAGGCCACAAACAUAUCAUACAAGACUACAAAUAAGAACCUCACACGGACAGAGAUCAGCAGACGAAAACCUUAGAGCAGAGCCGGACUGUACAUGAAGGAGGGACGGUCCGACAUAACAUAAGAUGAAUCCUUUAUUAGUCCCACAGUGGGGAAAUCUGAAGGAUUACAGCAGCAUAUGGUAUAGUGCCAACAAACAAACAAGAGACAGAGGAAGAAAAACAAGUAUAAUAGACACGUAAUUACACAGUAAAGAUGUAAUAAAUAAGUUUAAAACAUGAAAUGGUCCGACUGAAAGGUUAAUAUUGCACAGAGGAUGUAACAGAUUAUUUAUAUUGCACAGUGUAUACAUUGUAUACAAAUAAAGAAAGAAAUCUUGUUGUAGCCGUGAAGUGGAUCCAGACUCAAACAUCAUCCAGGAAGGCUCCUGGAUGGUUCCUGCUAUUAUUCCUCUGAUAGGGUUCCUACACAUUUUCCUUUUGAAAAGUCCAGACGCUCCAAAUGCCUCGAGAAACACUCUGAAUUUUAUAAAACAGAAUAAGAUCCAUAUAGUCCAGAGACAUGUUUACAUACUGUCUGUUUUUCACACUUAUUCUGAAAAUCUAAUUCCAUGUAUGAAAAACCUGAAAAAUGAGAAGAAAACAAAGUAAAAUAUCCUGGAAAAUGAGUUCAACAUUCUCCCUACGGUGAGAAUAAACUAAGUUAUUAAUCAAAAAUGGAAACAUUGCCGUCUGAAAGGACGAAGUUCACCAUCUUAUUAAUGUUGAAAGGGGAGUUUAUGGACGACAGUAUUUUCAUUAUGUUGAAACGCUGUGAACACGCAAAACUCUAAACGCUAUAACAUUUAUAAAAUGCAACAAAUUCUCUUGUUGGUACAAGAAGUUCUUGAAUGAGGCUCAGUUUCAACAGCACAAGUCACAAAUCAUUAAACGAGUCUCUUCACAGUCAGGACUUAUAAAUAAUGUUUGUUUACAAGAGUCCGUACACUCGUGCAGAGUUCAGUGCAAAGUAUUACAGAGUGUUCGGUGUUUAAGUUUGUGGAGGAGCUCCUGUUAAUGAAUGAGUGAAUUGUGUUUAUAUGUAAAUAUGUGCCGGUGUACAGUGAGUGUUCCUCUUUGUGCCGUGUGAUGAUGUCCUCAGCAGUUACAUAAAGAUAACAUUUUACUGUGAUUUGAAAACUCCAGUUGAUUUGUAUAAAUGGCUCUCACUGAUAUUAAACUGGUUUCUGUGAUUUUAGUGUUGUGACGUUUAAUUUAUCUUUUCUCUUAUUACCGUUUAUUAAAUGUUGAAUAUCUAACUUUUCCACAUUAAAAUGUCUAAAAAGAAUGUAUUGUGAGGAGUUGAGUUCUUACAUUGUCCUAAAUCUGUCCAACAAUUUUCAAACCUGAGAAAUCUGUCAUUUUGACGGAUGUCGCGUGUUAAACAGCGUCACAUCGUUAGCGUUGAGGUUGUUAAACUGACUUUAUUCAGUUUUAAUACAGUUUUUUUUAAGAUACACUUUGUAUUGGAGUUUUUCUAACCGGAUGAAGGAUUUUAGUCACCAGACGUCUGGACCUUAAGUCAUCAGAGAAACCAGCUGAGCUAACGUUAGCAUCUUUAGCUCGUCUCUCAGCUCCUCCAAGACGUCCUGCGUCGGAGAAACACAGAUUUUAAAUGUGAAGCUGCUUCAUUCGGUGUUUUAAUCAGAAGAGAAGAACGAUGAACACUGAAGGAAUCCUAACAGGGAGAAAAGGACAUAUGUAGCGUUUAAUAUCGACCCUUCUUCACAGGUGAAGGCCUCCGCGUGGACACGACUGAUGCGUCGAUUUUUCCUUUUCAUUUUAUUUAUUUGAAUGGUUUUUAGGCCCUUGAAGAUGUGAACAUAUUCAGUAUUUCAUUUUUUUUUUUAACUGGAAAGUUGCACUCAGUAGAAUGUCUGAUUACAUGAACACAACCCACAACUGGCCAACCUUCCAACUUUAAAGAGAUUAGACAUGGACAGACAUCGAGGUGCACUUUCACUCACUCACAGACAGAAACUU